CAGCACACAACCCGGCAUGCUGUCAGCGACGGAACAGAAGAAGAAGAGUACUGCGCGGAGAGAGGAGGCCGAGCACGCCGGGAAAGUAGCGACUACGAGCAAAACGUUGUUGUGUAAAUAUGGCUGAAGACGAGGGAUUUGUUGUGAGAGUCCGGGGUUUGCCAUGGUCGUGCUCUGUGGAUGAAGUGGGCAGAUUUUUUUCAGAUUGCAAAGUUGCUAAUAAUGGCACAAACAUUCACUUUACCUACACCCGAGAAGGCAGACCAAGUGGAGAGGCUUUUGUGGAAUUUGAGUCAGAGGAAGACCUGAAGAUUGCUCUCAAAAAAGACAGAGAAACUAUGGGGCAUAGAUAUGUGGAAGUAUUUAAAUCAAACAAUGUGGAGAUGGACUGGGUUCUUAAGCACACAGGACCAAACUGCCCAGAGACAGAAGGAGAUGGACUAGUGCGGCUGCGAGGCCUGCCUUUUGGAUGUAGCAAGGAGGAAAUUGUACAGUUCUUUUCAGGGUUGGAAAUCGUGCCAAAUGGGAUAACAUUGCCGGUGGACUACAUGUGGAGGAGUACGGGGGAGGCCUUCGUGCAGUUUGCUUCACAGGAUAUAGCUGAAAAGGCUCUAAAGAAACACAAGGAAAGAAUAGGGCACAGGUACAUUGAGAUCUUCAAGAGCAGCCGUGCUGAAGUGCGAACACACUAUGAGCCUGCCCGUAAAGGCAUGGGAAUGCAGAGACCUGGCCCAUAUGACAGACCUAGCGGAGGCGGCCGAGGCUAUAACAGCAUGAGCCGUGGGGGAUCUUUCGACAGGACGCGGCGUGGAGGCUAUGGAGGAGGUAUGUCAGAUGGGCCCUACCGUGAUGGUGGUUCCAACUUUCAGAGCACAACUGGCCACUGUGUACACAUGAGAGGGCUUCCCUACCGUGCCACAGAGAAUGACAUCUACAGUUUCUUCUCGCCUCUAAACCCGGUGCGUGUUCACAUUGAGGUGGGUCCAGAUGGACGGGUGACCGGAGAGGCUGAUGUGGAGUUUGCCACGCAUGAGGAUGCUGUGGCUGCCAUGUCCAAGGACAAGGCCAAUAUGCAACAUCGUUAUGUUGAGCUGUUCCUAAACUCAACAGCAGGGGGCAGUAAUGGAGGCUAUGGAGGCCACAUGGUUGGAGGAAUGGGUAAUCAGUCCUCCUAUGGGCAUAGUGGUCAGCAGAUGGGAGGUGGCUACACUGGAGGGUAUAAUAACCAGUCCAGCAUGGGGGGAUACAAUGAUUAUGGUAAUCAAAACAACAGUUACUAUGGCAGCAGUCGCGGCUCCAUGGGCAUGAACGGCAGCAUGAGCAUGGGCGCAGGGUGGGGCAUGUAGAGCUGUGACGUAGCUGAGGCUGAAGAGACAUUUUGUGUGGAAUACCAGGAGGGACACUGUUUGUGAAGAGGGUCAAUGAGUUUGUUCCAUGUGCGGAAUGAGGAAAGAACCUGAACAUGUCCCACCCCUCCAUUCAGAGUGUUCACGUUUUUUGUUUUUUGUAUUGUGAAUACAGUCAAAACAGUAAAGUACUAUGGGCUCCUGUUUUUUUUAGCCUCAUGAGCAAAGUAUAUACUUGUAAAUACAUGGAAUGUCCAAUACAGGGACUGAAAGACACUUUCCAAUUCUGUAACAUUUACGUUGAUUAUGGAUUUUUUACAAUUUGUAGAAGGUUGUAAAUUUUUUUAAUGAAUUGGAAAAAGAAUUGGCAAAUUUGAUACAAAAUGCUGAGAUUUUAAUUUUUGAAUUGUUAAAAUCCUUUCUUCACAUGGUGUAUGACUGAUUUCUGUAACACAUGGUAAAUAAAAUUAUUUGUGGUUACAUCAUGAA